AUGAGCUACAUAUUAUUAUAUACCUUAGAUUCUUUCCAAGAGACGGUUAAUAUUCAUAUCGAUACUUCUUACCUUCGAUGGAACAAUACAUUUCCCGCUAUAUCAAUAUGCUAUACAAAAGGACGCAGUAUAAACUCAAUUGGGAAGUUUUUUGAAAAAUACUGGAAGGAGAACAACAUAUCAAAACCAGCAAAAGCUAGUAAUUAUUUUCGUCUAGCACAGAGUUAUCUUUUCGUGAGCCCUAAUAGCAACAUUGAUUUGCGUGGAAGUGUUUGCACAGGAAUGAAUAGAACAUGUGACAUGAACUGGGAUACAAUGCAAAAAAUGUUUUUUCCACACGCAUGCAAUGAAAUUUUUGUGGAUGUUAAAUUUCUCAAUACAUCAGUACAAUGUGAUAAAAUAUUCAAGUUACUUCAAACGGAGAUGGGACCAUGCUUUGUAGCAAAUAGUAUAUAUUCUUAUGAGAUUAGCUACGAGAAUCUUCCGCUUAAAUAUGCAAUCACAACUAAGGAGCGGACGAUCGAUUUUAUGUACAAAGAAAUUGAUACUGUUAGUUUCAUACUCUAUGUUCACAGUCCAGAAGAACUGCCACACCCUUUAAUGCCAAGUUAUCGUCUCCGUAAAUCUGGAGUAUACAUGCAUUAUUCAUUAAAUACAAUCGAAGUUUUAAAUUACCCCGAUAUAGAGAAAAAACAAAUUUAUCAAAGAGAGUGUCGAUUUCCCUUUGAGAAUAUAGCUCCAUUUUUAGCAUAUAGCUUCACUAACUGCUUUUUCCAUAAAAGAAUACAGCUGGAGUUGGAAAUAUGCAAUUGUACUCUACCCACUUCACCAACGUAUUACAAAACAAAAUACUGUGAUUUGGCUGGUCUAAUAUGCGUAUCGCAAGCUAACGUGUUAUCUAGAACAAAAAAAUAUCUCUUUGAAGAUAAACAACCGUGUAUACAAUCCUGUUUUGAAAUGGAAAUAAACAUAGUAGGAGAAAAUACUAUAAACACAGAAGAUAGUGAUAUGGGGUUCGUACGCCUUGAAGUGAUGAGUUUUCCCUCCAGUCGUUAUGAACGGCGCGUUUCUCAUACAGAUUUAGAUUUUAUAGUUUCGCUUGGUGGAGUUGGAGGACUUUUCUUUGGAAUUUCAUUAUUGACUGUGUUUGAGUUUAUAUACUACUGCUUGCGGAAGUGA